UUUGUCAUGCUCCUGUUAUUUUCCUUUUUUAUUUCAAUUGUUUCAUCACUUGUUUUGUUUUUAAUUUUUUUUUUUUAAUCAACCGAGUUCAAACUUUUAUUCCUAUUGAUUUUGGUAAGUUCAACUUCCAAUCAACAGUGGCUGCAACUUCUAUGGUCUCCAACUCCAACGGAAGGAAGGGAAAAAGUAAUUCACUUUCCCUUUCACCAACCAAAGGAAAAAAUUGAAGCCACAGGUGAAGUUGCUCUCUCUCUCUCUCUCUCUCUGGCAUUUCGUGUGCUGAUUUGGAUGAACCAGCUUCAAUUCAAGUGCUCUUUUUUUUUGUGUGUGUUGGGAUCUUCCUUAGCUAUCUGGCCGUUUUGUCUAUAUAUUCCUUGUUUAAUGCUGAAAUGAAGAGAGUAGAGUAGGAUGAUUAAAUGUUUCCCCUUUUUUCAUGAAUAAAAGUCUUGACUUAGAUUUUGUUAAUGGGUAUAACCCAUUAAUCAUUUUUUAGGAAAGACCGUUACUUUGAGAUUGUUUGUUCUUUUGCUUCUAAAAGGGGAACACUUAAAGGAAGAAAAGAAAAAGAAAAGAAGUGUUUUUGCUUUCUGGGGUUGGGAAUUUUUUAGUUGAGGGUUGUGGAAUGUGACCUGCAGGAAGAAGCUGCUCUUUUCUUUUGGUAGGUCUGCUCCUUUUCUUUGGCUCCAAUUUGUAAAGGUUUGAUUUUGAAGAGGACGCAUACACUGCUAUUAUAGUGGAGAUCUGGGACUUGUUUUGCCUCUUAUGCCCUAUGAGGACUUUCUUCACUGCAGAAUCAUGUAAAGAAACACAGCCUAAUGCUUUAAAUCCACAGUCCUGGCUCCAGGUUGAAAGAGGGAAGCUUCCCAAAUUGUCAUCACAGUCCUCUUCUGCAUCAAUAGAAUCUCUAAUCAAGGUCCCACAGUCACCUAUACUCCCGUUCUUCAAACCUGUUGAUUAUGUGGAAGUUUUAGCUCAAAUCCAUGAAGAACUUGAGUCAUGUCCUCCUCAGGAAAAGUCAAAUCUGUUUUUGUUACAAUACCAGGUCUUUAAGGGCCUGGGGGAUGUCAAACUAAUGCGUAGAAGCCUCCGGUCAGCUUGGCAGAGAGCAAACACUGUUCAUGAGAAAAUUAUAUUUGGGGCAUGGCUGAAGUAUGAGAAGCAAGAAGAAUUAGUUGCUCAGUUGCUCACAGCUUGUGGUAAAUGUGAAAAGGAAUUUGGACCCAUAGAUGUAGAAUCUCAGAUUCCUUUUGAUGAGAAUGUAAGAUCCCAGGAUAGAGCUUCGAUGAAUGGGAACAAUGCUUCAGAAUAUGUUAUCUUUAAAAUUGGAGAUGAGAAGAUAGUCUGUGAUAGACAAAAGAUUUCUGAACUUUCAGCACCAUUUCAUGCAAUGCUAAAGGGGUGUUUCAGGGAAUCACUUUCUGAGACUAUAGAUUUGUCUGAAAACAAUCUCUCUCCUUCAGGUAUGAGGGCAAUAAGUUAUUUUAGCUCGACAGGGAGUUUACUUGAUGUCCCUCCGAAUCUUUUGGUGGAAAUAUUAGCUUUUGCAAAUAAGUAUUGUUGCGAAAGACUAAAACAGGCUUGUGAUAGAAGACUUGCAUCCUUAGUUUCCUCCAGAGAAGAUGCUCUGGAACUCAUGGAAUAUGCUGUUGAUCAGAAUUCAGCUGGCCUUGCGGCUUCUUGUUUACAAGUUCUUUUACGUGAUAUUCCCAACUGCUUGAGCGACAAUCAGGUUGUGGAAUUAUUUAUUCAUGCUAAUAAGCAGCAGUUGGCAGUCAUGGUUGGGCCUGGUAUAUUUGCACUUUUCUGUUUCUUAAGUGAAGUUUCUAUGAACCUAAAUUCUAGUUCAGACACAACAGCUCAUUUCCUGGAACGGUUAGUUGAUUUUGCUGAAAAUGACAAGCAGAGACUGCUGGCAUUUCAUCAAUUGGGAUGUGUAAGACUCUCAAGGAAAGAAUAUGAUGAAGCCUAUUGUCUUUUUGAGAGGGCUUUAAAUGUAGGUCAUGUUUAUUCUGUUGCGGGUUUAGCUAGACUGGACUCUAUAAAGGGUGAGAAACUUUUAUCUUAUGAGAAGAUCAGUUCAGUCAUUUCUUCAGAUACUCCACUUGGAUGGAUGUACCAGGAAAGAUCACUAUACUGUGAUGGUGAUUUGAGGCAGAAAGACCUUGAGAAAGCAACUGAACUGGAUCCUACUCUUAUAUAUCCCUAUAUGUAUAGGACUGCCUCUUUAAUGAAGACAGGGAAUGUUCAAGGUGCACUGGCUGAAAUCAACCGGAUUCUUGGCUUUAAACUUUCGUUAGAGUGCUUGGAAUUACGGUUUUUUAUCUAUCUGGCCCUUGAGGACUACAAAGCAGCAGUCCGAGAUGUUCAAGCAAUUCUUACCCUGUGUCCAUCUUAUAAAAUGUUUGAAGGGCGUGUAGCUGCAUCUCAGCUCUGUACUCUUGUGCGUGAGCAUGUUGAACAUUGGACAACAGCAGAUUGUUGGGCCCGAUUAUAUGACUGUUGGUCUGCUGUUGAUGAUAUUGAGUCUCUUUCUGUCAUCUACCAGAUGCUUGAAUCUGAUGCAGCAAAAGGUGUUCUAUACUUCAGACAGUCAUUGCUUCUCCUCAGGUUAAACUGUCCUGAGGCUGCCAUGCGGAGUUUACAGUUAGCUUGGCAACAUGCAUCAAGUGAGCAUGAAAGACUUGUAUAUGAGGGGUGGAUCUUGUAUGAUACGGGUCAUUGUGAGGAAGGGCUCCAAAAAGCUGAAGAGUCUAUUAGUAUUAAAAGGUCUUUUGAGGCCUACUUCCUGAAGGCCUAUGCAUUGGCUGACUCUAGUGUAGAUUCAUCAUGUUCUUCAACUGUUAUUUCUCUUCUGGAAGAUGCCUUGAGGUGUCCUUCUGAUAAUCUGCGCAAAGGUCAGGCCCUAAACAAUCUUGGAAGUGUUUAUGUUGAUUGUGGGAAAUUGGACUUAGCAGAAGAUUGCUAUAUAAAGGCUCUUAAAAUCCAGCACACCCGAGCGCAUCAGGGUCUUGCUCGUGUUCAUUUUCUCAAAAAUGAUAAGGCUGCUGCUUACAAAGAAAUGACCAAUCUUAUUGAGAAGGCGAGAAACAAUGCAUCAGCAUAUGAGAAGAGGUCUGAGUAUGGUGAUCGUGAUCUCACGAAGGCAGAUUUGGAGAUGGUGACUAGAUUGGAUCCACUUCGGGUGUAUCCUUAUAGAUAUCGCGCAGCAGUUUUGAUGGACAAUCAUAAGGAAGAGGAAGCCAUUGCGGAACUCUCUAGAGCAAUUGCAUUUAAAGCUGAUUUGCACCUCCUGCAUCUACGUGCAGCAUUCCAUGAACACAAUGGAGAUGUCUUAGGUGCGCUAAGAGACUGUCGUGCUGCGCUCUCAGUGGAUCCAAACCACCAAAAAAUGUUGGAACUUCAUUGUCGUGUUAAUAGUCACGAGCCAUGACUUUUGCGAGAUGAAAACACAAUAUAACAUUGAACGCCUACACACUGAGAACUUGGCCACACUAUGAAAAUUAAAGAGGGGACGGCAUUUAUGCAGCUAUUAUAACGGUCACGAAAUGUGAAUUUGUAAAUGAAAAGUACAGUUAAACAAGAUUUAACUACCUGAAGACUAUUUUUAGGAGUGGCCGAAAUUUUGUAAUUUAUAUUCUAUCGUUUGGAGAUUUUAGAUAUACCACUUAUCUUUCAUGAGUUUUUAAUUUGACAGGCUGAAAUUUUUUACUUAAUGCUUUGUUGCCAAGGCAUAUGCUUAUUAAAUACCGAUACACAUAUUUUAUGACCGUGUA